GUCGGAUUAUCAAUUAUUGAAAUGUUCUAUUUUCGGUGUAAAGUAGUAGUCACCAAUUUCGAAAGCGAAUCGUUUUAUGAAUUUGUCCGUUUUCAAAUAAUUUGCUUUCGCGCUCUCAAUGUGAUUCAUCCGACUUUAGCAGCAGUGACUAUAAACAGAAGCCUCCAACUUCAAGAAAACACUAGAAAUGAACUUUGGGAGAAUUUCCCAACCUUGCCAGCAGAAGUCACCUGUCAUUCGGUCAUAAUUUGCGAUUUGAAAGAUAUUGUUUUGACGGUUGUGUGCUUUAUUUACAUGAUAUGGAUAACAUUAGCAUUUUCAAUUGCAUUGAGUUUGUUAUGUUAUGUUAAUAAAUUUAUCAACAAAGGGGUAAACAUUUCAAGAUCCACAAUUGGAAUGCAACGGAUGUUGAUUUUGAGUUUAUCAAUCCAGAUCGGACGGUAUUGCUGCAGUUCUAAUUAUGUCUGUAGCUUAUCAUGGUUUCUUUUCUACCGUUGCAAUGAUAAUUUUUACGAAACCAAUUCGAAGAGGAGUUUUGGGCAGCAGAGUAUUGAAACAUGGCAAGCACAGUAUAGCAGUGCAUCCUUCUCAAUAA